UUGACAUAUCUCCUUCAUAAGAAGAACACGUCUGUGUGUGUCUCUCUCUCUCUCUCACACACACACAUGCACACACAGUUCAUCAUCAAUACACCAGUAUUCUCCAACAGCUCGAUCAUUUUCUGAGCAAUCAAAGUCACAACCAUGACUGUAAAGGUUACAACAAUGAUACUAUAUGUCGAUCUUCAGUGCUCUUGCAGCUACAAGAAGAUCAAGAAAAUACUAUGUAAAUUUUCUGAAAUUCGAAACCAGGUGUAUGAUGAAAAGAAAAAUACGGUGACGAUCACCGUAAUAUGCUGCAACCCAGAGAAAAUUCGUGACAAGUUGUGCUGCAAGGGAGGGAAAUUAAUCAUCAGUAUUGAGAUCAAACCGCCAACGCCACCGCCAAUGCCACCGCCACCGCCACCGCCACCGCCACCGCCACCGCCUGUGAAUAUAUAUAUCCCGAUCCCGGUGUGUUGUGGGCCAUGUUCUGAAGGCAUUUCUGGGGGGCCAUGCUAUUGCUACGGAAGACCAUGUUACAUGACUGUUUGUGAUUGCUACACAGUAGGUAAUCCAUCAGUAUGCACCAUCAUGUGAGUCAUGUGACCAUGGUGCACUGGGUGGUCAUUGUUGUUAGGGUCCUGAUCAUGCUCAUUAAAUGUCCAAAUUUUUUUUUGGUGAGAA